AUGCAGCAUGAGAACCUCCCUCCCGGGGGCGUGGAGUUUUUCUAUCUGGACGGCCCGAUCCCCGCCUCCUCGAUCGACGCCUGCGACGAAACCUACAUGAAGCCCAACCGCCUGCCCGACAGCUGGCUCUGGGGCUACGGCGACCCAGAGACCUCCGAACUCAAGGGACUCGAGCACACCUGGAAGCGGCUGGCGAAUGUCCUGACGGAACAUGGGCCGUUCGUUGGCGUCAUCGGCUUCUCCGCCGGGGCCGCGUGGUCUGUCAUCUUGACUGCCUUGCUGGAGCAGAACAAGAAAUAUCCUCAGUUUCAAGUCAACCACCCGCCCAUGCACUUCUGCAUCGCCUUCUCAGCCUUCAUGUUCGAGCACCGCACGUACGAGUGGAUCUACGCGCGCCGCAUCCAGACGCCUGUGCUGCACUUCAUCGCCGCGCUCGACACCUGGGUCACCGAGCGGCAGUCGCUGAAGCUGGUCGGGCGGUGCGCCAAUGCGCAGGUGGAGUACUUCCAGGGGUCGCACUACAUCCCCCGAGGACCCCGAAUCAGGGAAUUGGUCACUAGGUUCAUCCGGAGGACGGGCGGUGGGGUGGGGGUGGGCGAGGUGGAUGGCAACUGCAUUCACGUAUAG